GCGCAGCAUGCCGGGAGCCCUGGGGUCUCACUGCACUCUGGGAACUGCAGUCUCCUCCGGCCUCGCUCCAUAUUGAAGGGAAAAAGGGGCCGCCAACUGCUCCAUUUUACGCCUGGGCUGCGCUGCUUUGGAUCUCCCGGCGGGGAGGUGGUUCAUCAGCAGGGUGCAGCCGGAGUCAGGCCGGACUCCGGACGGUUCGGGAGGAGGGCAAAACGGAGCGAGGCGGGAGGAUACCGCCUCCACAAGUUAGCUGGCUCGCUACCCUAGACUGAGCAAAGGGGCGGGGUGACGGCGCUUCUCCUUUAAGAGGGGGCGGGGCAGGCCCUGCCGUUUGUCUUCCCCUCCUCCUCUUCCUCCUUCCCUCCUACCCUAACCUCCCCCAGCCGCGAGAUGACCGACCAAUCACCGGGGUGGCCGAAGGAAGGCGGGAGAAUGCGAACCCUUCUGUCCGGCGGGAGGGGCGGGCACCGAUCCUUAUAAGGGCUGAGCCCUGCGCAAGCGCAGAGGCAUCUGCAGUCGGAGGGGAGGGGGGCAAAGAGAGAGCGAGAGAGAGAGAGAGAGAGAGAGACCCACACACACAUACAUACACAUACACACAUAUACACACACACACUCAGACCCCGACACUCUCACACUAGGUACUUGGGAAAAGUGGGGGACUAGCGGGGGGACGGUCAGUGAAAGCCGAGUAGCGAAGGGAGCCGGGAGCAGAUUGGGGCGCGAGGGGGACGCGGAGCCCCGGCAGCCGUCCGGGACGCCCGAGUGCCGCGUCCCCGGCGGCGGCGGCGGCGGCACGGCCGGGGAUCCCCGCUGCCCGGGCGCUGAGGGGGGCAGCUGAUCUCGCUCCGCCCUAGGACGUGUACCCGCGGCGGGGUAUGUGAGGGUCCCCCCUCGGGGGCCGGAGGGAGCGGGUCGGCUGCGCCCCGGAGAGGGCGGCCCGGGCGGCCGCGGCGGUGCAUGUGUGGCCGCUGGAUGCGGAGGAGGCGGCGGCGGCGGCGGCAGGAUGUUAGGGCAGCAGCAGCAGCAGCAGCAGCUGUACCCGGCGGCGGGGCUCCUGGCCGGGGAGCGGGGCCGGCUGCUCUCCUGCUACGUGCAGGACUACCUCGAGUGUGUGGAGUCGCUGCCCCUGGACAUGCAGCGGAACGUGUCGGUGCUGCGGGAGAUAGACACCAAGUACCAAGAAGCAUUAAAGGAAAUUGAUGAUGCCUGUGAAAAAUAUAAGAAAGAAAACGAUCCACAUCAGAAGAAACGCCUUCAGCAGAAUCUUCAGAGAGCAUUAAUCAACAGUCAGGAACUGGGUGACGAGAAAAUUCAAAUUGUCUCACAGAUGCUUGAACUGGUCGAGAACCGGGCAAGGCAAAUGGAUUUGCAUUCGAAAUGUUUUCAAGAUCCUUCUGAAAGUGAAAGACCUUCAGAUAAGACAAAGAUGGAUUCCAGCCAACCAGAAAGAUCUUCAAGAAGACCACGCCGGCAGCGGACCAGUGAGAGCCGUGAUCUCUGCCACAUAGCAAAUGGGAUUGAAGACUGUGAUGAUCAGCCACCUAAAGAAAAGAAAUCCAAAUCUGCCAAGAAAAAGAAACGUUCAAAGGCCAAGCAGGAAAGGGAAGCUUCACCUGUGGAAUUUGCAAUAGAUCCCAAUGAACCCACAUACUGCUUAUGUAACCAAGUGUCUUACGGGGAAAUGAUAGGAUGUGACAAUGAACAAUGUCCAAUUGAGUGGUUUCAUUUUUCAUGUGUUUCACUUACUUAUAAACCAAAGGGAAAAUGGUAUUGCCCAAAGUGCAGAGGAGAUAAUGAGAAAACAAUGGACAAAAGUACUGAAAAAACAAAAAAAGAUAGAAGAUCGAGGUAGUAAAGGCCAUCCACAUUUUAAGGGAUUAUUUGUCUUUUAUAUAAUUCAUUUACUUUACAGAAAAUGUUUUAGGAUAAAUGCAUAAGGCUAUGCAAUAAUUUUUAAUCAUUAGUAUUAAUGGAGUAUUAAAAGUUGUUGUACUUUGUCUGUGGUUUACUUUUCUGCACUGAAUAGCCAAAUGUUUUAAAGCCAGGUGGUCUUAGAAUAACACAUGGAAAGAAUUAGGAACAGUGGGAAUAUGGUGUGAACAGGUUGCUUUUAUUUUUCUCCACAAACUAUACAUAUCUCAUUGUCACUUAAGAUGGAAAUGUUGUUAAUGGGUAAACACCAAAGGUUUACUAGCAUUUAAUUCUUCUCUACACUUUAAAAGUUUUUAGACUCUUCAGCUGAUGUGAACUCUAUUUUACCUCCGUGGUACAUUGAACCUUAUCUCUAGUCUCAUGAGGACUCAUUUAAGGAGCUAGAGAGGAAAGUUAAUUUAGGAUUCCAUGUGGAAUAAUGUACACACAUUCUUAUCAGAGUACCUUGCUGUUGUAUUUUUCUUAGCAGCAUUUUGAUACACUAUCAGUAACCCAUUUGUAAAUGACUCCUUUUCACAAAAGCAGCUAUUAAUCCGCCUGUGUUUUAAAAUAUAAAAAGUUCUCCUUAAUAAACUUGGGCACUAAAGAGUAGUUGGUAUACCAAAAAUACUACCAUUAGGUUAGAGUGGCAGAAUUUAAGCUCAUUUAGCAGUAUGGGUUCACUUAGUUUUUGGGCAUUCUUAAAGGUGUAUUGUAUUUUCCUGACACUGAUAACAACAAAAACCCCAAAUCUGAAUUUCUCUGUGAUCUGCUGGGAUGCCUCGGCACAGUUCUAAUCAAUUGGAAAGCAAUACAAUAGUCCUUAAUAUCUGUAUAUCAAAAAGUUGUUUUAAAUUGUUUUGCUGUCAUUUAAACAAUUUGCUUUCAUUUAAACAACUUCCAUCCAUAACGACACAUCAUUAUUUUAACUUAGAGUUGUAUUAAUCCUCUUGACUUUCCCGCAUUGGUGCUCCCUGAUAUGUUUGCUUUGGAUGAAUAUGAUUUUAGGAAAAUGCAGUUAAUCACGUGUUUGUAAAAUGGGUUUUCCAAGAGUCUUAUCUGUUAAAGAUAAGAAUGUUGAAGGGUGUAUGUUUGGGGAUUUUUGUUUGUUUGGGGGGCUAUAGCUUUAUCUGUGUGUAACCUGCCUUGUACUCUUCCUCUUUGUUUGAGCGUGACAAUCUUGAUUCUUAUUAACCUGGUAAAAACCCUAUCUGGGUCGAAGAAGUGUUUACUGUGUAAGCAACAAGGUGUUGUAGAAACAACAUGGGACUCUUGAGAGUCAGACUUUGGUUCUAAUUCUGACCCUGACACUAAAACUAGCUACUUCAUGUUAGGCAAGUUGCUUGGCUUCUCUGGCCCUGAUUUUCCUCCUCUGUAAGGUAAUAGACUUGAACUAAAUGAUCCAUGAAGUCCCUUACGAUUAAAGUUCUCAUUUUCUGUACUAAUUUGAAUUAGAGUGAAGAUUUUAAAAGCUAGUAAAAUGGACAUUUUUUUCAAAACAUUUUCAUAAAUCUGAGAUGUGAAAGGCAUAUAAAGAUGUUAGAGCAAGUGAGAAGAGCUUCAAUCCAAUAGCUAGUUUUGAUUGAGUACAGAUGAUUUUAUUAAUCCUGGGGGAAACACUCAGAAAACAUCAUUAAGAAUUUAUCCUUUUAUACAGAAAAUGUAAGUUACAACGUUAAGAAAUUCCUUUCCCAGGCAAUAGGAUUAGAAUGUUUCUUACUAGAGACAAUUUCGUAAUAAGUUUCUUUGUCACUAGACUGUCAUGAGAUUUUUUUCUGAUGAUAUAUAUAUUAAUGGUUACAAAAUGCACUCACAUAUUUGUCAUACCAGCUGAGAUCAAGUCGGGGGGAAAAUAAUAUAUAUAUAUAUAUAUAUAUACACACACACACACACAUAGUGCUUUGUAAGCUUUCAGGUGCUAUAUCAAUGUUAGCUAGAACAAUAAUACCAGUUAAUGUAAGCAUAAGCCUGGUUUAAUUGUAAUCUGCCAAAUGAAAAUUGAUUAAAAUAGAUUUGUUUUGAGUACUAGAACAGUGAUUAAUAACUCGUGACUAAUAAGAUUAGUUUAACAGGAAAAAAGGAAAAUAGUUGCCUGGAAGUUUUACUUCUUAAUGUGGCAUAUAUUGAGACUCAGUCCUCUUUUUUAAACACCCUUUUUCAGUUUUUAGGGUAGAUAUACUUUCACUGUUAGUACCCACCUUUAUUCUGGAUUAUAUGUAAAACUAAGAACUUAGCUCACAACUUGGAAAACUAGGGUUUGUCACCACUGGGCCUGGUAAAAGUUUCUCUUCUACUUUAUUCUAGUAAGGUCCAGUCAAAUGGUUGGGGAUGGGGGCGGGGGUUAGGAAGAGAAGGUGUCAUGGAGUAAUAGCAUUAAUAAAGGACUGGGAAUCCACAAGGAAAGAGAAAUAUUUAGCUGCUGAUACCAAAUGAACAAUUUUAAGUUUCCUCUUUAAAAAUUUUCAAGUCUCACUCUCCUCAAACAAGUUCUUACACAAUACUACCACUUUCUGUCUUCUUGGUCAUACAAAAAACAACCCAACGCCACAGUCCACAGUACCCAGAAUCAAAGAAUCCACACUGUCCAUGAAAAAUGGCCAUUCAGAUGCACCUUUAGAGAUAGGAAACUUUCCCUUUAAAAAACAAACUGUUUUGUUGCUGCCCCUUUAAACAUCAUGGUUAUUUCUCUCUGAUGCAUUCUUCCCCCACCCCUGGAAUAGAAUCCUUUUGGAUUCUUGGAUUGUAACAAAUAGUACAUUUAGAACAAAUCAGCACAUUGGCCAUGUCUGGGAAUGUCUAUCCCAUUCUGUCUAAAGGUGGGAGGCAUGGAUCACCUUCAGGCCUCAAGUCAUGGGGUCACUGUGGAUUAUUAGGUCUCAAUGUUUUUCUUUACAUUUUUAUGGCCUGGUUCUUGCUUGUUUUGCUUUGCAUCGGUUCACAUAAGCCUUACCACAAGUUUCUCCAAAUUCCCCACAGUUAUCAUUUCUUAAGUUGCAGUAACAUUCCAUUACACUUAGAUAUUACAGUUUGUUUAUCCAUUCCCUAAAUGAAUGUCAUCAAUUCUCCUAGUUCUUUGCUACUACAAAAGAUGCUGCUAUAAACAUUUUUAUGUACUGUAUAUAUAGGCUCCUCCCCUGUAAGGAAGACCACAGGGUCAAAGGGUACAUACAGUUUAGUGACUUUAAAAUAUAAUUUUUAAAUGGUUUUCCAGAACCAUUAUACCAUCCCCUAAUUCUGCCAACAGUGCAUUAGUGCUCACUACUUUCCAAGGUAGCCCAUUUUGCUUUUGCACAGCUUGAAGUGUUAGGAAGUUGGGGGUGGGGGUUUCCUUAUUUUGAGCCAAAAUGUGCCUCAACAACUCUUACCCUGUUGGUCUUGUACAUACUUUGCUUGAUAGAUUGUAAGUUCCUAGAGGGAAGGGAUUGUUUUCAUUUUUGUCUU